AUGGGAGACAAGAAACCGCGACAAAAGAUCUCGAAUCACCGUGCCAAGCCUAUGAGUAGGCGGAAGAAGAACACGUCCGAGGAUUUAUGUGAGUUUGUUUUGGUUAAUUCUACUAUAGUAACUAGAGAAUAUUGUUCUGAAAUCAGUGGUUUUUGGGUUGUAAAGAAAGUUUUCGUCAUAUUUUGCUUUGGAAAGAAAGUUUUCAUCAUUUUUUAGCAGUGGAAAGUAACUUUUUGCCAUUUAUUGGAUAAGAAAUGAAAUUUCUUGCGAUUCUUUAGUUGUAAAAUACGUUUUUCAUACUUUAUACCAUAAAAAUUGAUUUUUACUAUAUAUUUUGAUAUCCACCUUGCUCAUACCUACAUAUAUAACAAUGUUUUUGUACUUUCAGCUCACGAAAAGACGCUCAGUAAAGAUGAAGAGUAAGUUGAUAUAUCUGAGCUUAGAACUUACAUUUUUUCAUAUUUUUAAAUACGUUUCUAAGUUUAAAAAUAAACUAGUACUGUAAAUUACUGUAUGUUUUUAGUUUAAAAGACGAGAAGAAAGACGACAAAGAGAAGGAGAAAGAGAAGGAAAAGGAAAAAGACAAAGAAAAGGAGAAAGAAAAGGAAAAGAAGAAGGAUACAAAGUGA